AUGGCAUCAUGGGCCGAGUCUAGCACAGACUUGGUUGUGUUGCUACAUGUGACUAGCCAAGCAUGGCCCCAACUCCCGGCGUCGAUCAUUUUCCGGGACGAGGGUCCGUGGGAACCUGCCGCUGCCACCGAAUGCGGACAGCGAUUCGCUGCCGAAAAAAAGGACGACUUCAACGCUUAUCAACGUUUCGCCUCCGACAUGCGUCUUGAUCCGUCCAGAGGUGCCGCCCCGUCGUACCAUAUAUUAUUCGUGAACCAACGAACAUGGCACACCCUCGUCCAAGCUUCCACAGCAUUGGGCCGAACCUGA